AUGGAGAAACAAAAUAUGAAUAUGAAUAAGGAUGUGGAAGAUGCCAGUACUUUUAAUUCUCACGAGGAUACAAAUUUUACUCAAGACAAAAAUUUCGUUAAAGAAAAAGAGGUGAUUGAUCUCACAAAUGAGUUUACAGCUGAACAAAAGCCAAGAAUUACAUUGGGUUGCGAGAGAAGAAGAAAUUAUAAAAUCCAAUCAAGGAAAAAAGAUGACAAUAACUCAAGACGUACAAGUAUAAGAAAGUAUGGGUGUCCUUUCCGAUUCAAAGGAAAGAAAUUGACUGCAAAUAAGAUUGCUACGUCAGAGAAGAGGAGACUUAGAGAAAAGGUACAUGCAUCUAGUUCAUGCUUAGAUGCAUUUCCAAAAGGAUUACAGCCAUAUAUUAAGCUUGUAAAGAAUGUCAUUGGUGAUGGUAAUUGUGGAUUUAGAGCUAUAGCUGAUCUGAUAGGAAUAAUUGAUGAAGAUGGAUGGACCAAAGUUCGAAAGGAUUUGUUAAAUGAGAUAGAAUCUCAUUUGGAGCAUUAUAGAGAAUUAUAUGGAGUCCAUGGAAGAAUAGAUGAGUUAAUUCACGCACUGUCAUUUUUUGAUGUACGUGCCCCAAGAGAACGAUGGAUGACAAUGCCAGAUAUGGGGCAUAUAAUAGCAUCUUGCUACAAUGUCGUUUUAUUUCAUUUAUCGAAAAAUCAAAGCCUUACCUUUUUACCUUUAAGAUCGAUGCCACUGCCUCUACUCUCUCGCAAACAUAUAGCCAUUGGGUUUGUUAAUGGUGAUCAUUAUGUCAAGGUAUAUUUAUCACAAGAUCACCCAGUUCCACCAAUAGCAGGCAAUUGGUGCAGACAUCAUCUCCCUAUAGCCAAUGGAUGGGAAAGUGAAUACCUUUCAAAAAUCCAGCAAUUUAACGAAAUAGUAGGUUCGACUUCGGCAACUAGAGAAAUAAUCGAAAUUGAUUGUGAGUGA